AUGGCCAACCUUGCGCACGACCUCUUCGAGCACGCUGCGCCGGAGCCGGAGGCACCCGCACCAAAGCUGGACCGCCGAGUGAAGCUCUACUCCUGGGACAGCGUGGCGGUCCAGCUGUUGGAGCCGUACGGAGAGAGCGCUCUAGACACCCUCUCACUGCAGCAGCUGUGGAAGGCGGCCAGUGAGGGGAACAAGAAGGCCGCCUACCACUCGCACCUGUGUGCCGACAAGACCACUGACAUGUGGCACGUUGGUGCCGGAGUGUCCCUCACGGCUGCCGCACUGCAGGCUGCCAUAAAGAACUUGGAGUCCGAUAACAUGCGCCGCUUGCUUCGAGAAGAGCUUUACAACAAAAUCAUGACGGAGGUUGCCGAGUUGAAGCCCAUCCUCGACAAGUUAAACAUCGGCAAGGGCUCCCAAAAGCAAGACACCAGUGCAGGCAGCAUGCGCGAAGCUAAGCGACAGAAGACAGGCACCAGCACAGUGCACGCCUACACCGAAGAAGAAGUUGUUGCUGCAGCUCGCAAAUUCCACGAGUGGCUUGGUCGCGAGAAAUCGGCACUUCGCGGGGCAUUGUUCGUCUUGUCCGGCAACAACUCGUACUACACGGCCCACGCCGCUGAGUUCGUCGCUCGAGUCCACGCGGCCGGGUACAGAUCCCACGGGUCUUUUCGACUAGACCUUUCGCUAGCCUCUACCAUGGCCUUGCCUGUCGGCCUCGCGAACCUCGGCGCCUCAUGCUUCAUCAAUGCGUCGGUCCAGGGCCUCAUGGCUAUUCCAGCACUACGUGAAGCCAUCGCCGCCGGCACAUCAGACAUGGAACUUGCCUUGCGGGCAGUCCUUCGGAAGUUGGAGUCGCGUCAAGCCCGCAUCGUGCCGAGAGAGCUGACGAAUGUGUACUACCACGGCAGACAAGAAGAUGCCGGUGAGUUCUUGGUGCUGCUACUGGCCGAGUGCCCGGCUCUGCACCCGUGUCUUCGCGGACUCGAAGUGCCACUAUUGCGCUGUCGGCAUUGCGGCUGUGAGCGAACUUCGCAGCCCGAGGAGUUUCUGUCGCUGCAAAUCUCCGUGCAGGAGGAAGGUCCCAUGAGAUCGGUGCAAGAAGCCAUGACGCACUACCUGCAGCGGACCCAGAUCCGACAGGACUUCACCGACUGGUCUUGCGAGAAUGCAGAGUGCAUUGGUGCGCAGCGAGCUCUGGACGAACCUUUGGCGUUCUACAUCAUCCCGGAGUGGCCCCAGGUGCUGCAACUACUUCUCCAGCGGUGGACCCUCCACGAUGUCGUCGGCCACAAAGUCCAUUGCAAUGACGUCUUGGACAUAUCUGGCAACCGCUACCGCCUACAG